AUGGACGGUAUCUCUGAAAUCACUCCUGGUAACCACAAGGAGGGUGCUAGGGCUAGCGUUGAGCACUCUGAGAAGGGACAGACCCGUGGCAUUUAUGAUAUUGAAGAAACCAAUCGCCACAGGCCCAAUGCAAUAUUUGACAACCCGCUGGCGGGGGUCCCUCGCGAACAGCUUCUAGAGGACGUGGAGCGCUUUUGCAAGCAGCAUGGCCUCGAGGAACAUGUGCAGCUCUUCCGCAAGGGAGCGUUGGUGUCCCAAAACCCAGCAAGCGCACAGAGUCUUCCUGAACUAUCGGAAGUUGAUAAAGAAGCUCUGCGUCGCGAACAAACCCAUAAAUGGGAUCAACCGUGGAUGCUGUAUUUCAUGGCUUCGAUGUGUUCCAUGGCUGCUGCUGUUCAAGGAAUGGAUGAAACCGCCAACAAUGGUGCGGUUGUGAUUUAUCCCAAACUCCUUGGGAUCCAAGCGGAUCGCUUUUCCCCCCAGAGGCAGGACUAUAUCACCGGGUUGGUUGUCGGGGCCCCGUACCUAGCCUGUGCUAUUAUCGGUUGCUGGCUAACUGAACCCUUGAACCGCUACUUCGCUCGACGCGGUACGAUCUUUAUUUCUUGUCUGAUCGCGGCUAUUGCCUCGAUAUGGGAGGGGGUUGCAAACUCAUGGGUGAACCUGUUCAUGGCUCGGUUUGUCUUGGGCCUGGGCAUUGGUUCAAAGUCAUCCACUGUCCCGGUAUACGCCGCCGAGUGCUCCCCGGCUCCCAUCCGGGGCGCCCUCGUCAUGAUGUGGCAGAUGUGGACGGCGUUCGGUAUCAUGCUGGGCAACAUCAUGGGUGUGGCAUUCAUGAAUGUUAGAGAAGACCUUUCAUGGCGUCUCAUGCUUGGCUCGACUGUGGUGCUCCCACUCAUUGUCUGCUCACAGGUUUACUUCUGUCCUGAAUCUCCGCGCUGGCUGAUCGAACACAACAAGAUCGAUCAAGCCUUUCGGUCAUUUCGCACUCUCCGACCUACCGACCUGCAGGCUGCCCGGGACCUCUACUACGCCUAUGUGGGUGUCCAGAUGGAGCGGGAGAUCAACCAGGGGAAGAACUUCUUCACCAUGUUCCUCGAGCUGUUUACCAUCCCACGGAACCGCCGAGCGACACUUGCGACUUGGAUCGUCAUGUUCCUCCAGCAGUUCUGUGGAGUUAAUGUCAUCGCCUACUACUCGACGACUAUCUUCAAGGACUCCGGGUACAGUGUCCAACAGGCGCUCCUGGCAUCGAUGGGGACGGGGAUUUUGAACUGGGUGUUUGCGAUCCCGGCCUUCCUCACGAUCGAUACCUGGGGCCGGCGCAAUCUACUUCUCUUCACCUUGCCGUGGCUUGCGGUUUGUCUCCUGUGGUCUGGGUUCUCCUUCUGGAUAGACGAAGGCAUCAAGGAUAGCAAGACACGGGUGGCCAUGGUCACGACAGGAAUGUAUCUUUUCGAGGUGUUCUACUCCCCCGGCGAGGGCCCAGUGCCUUUCACAUACUCAGCCGAGGCUUUCCCAUUACACGUUCGUGAGGUCGGCAUGUCAUGGGCAACCGCCACGACGUGGUGCUUCAACUUUAUCCUAUCGUUUACAUGGCCAAUGCUACUGCGCGUAUUCAAGCCCCAGGGCGCAUUUGGUUGGUAUGCCGCCUGGUGCUUGAUUGGAUGGGGUUUGGUUUUGCUGUUGGUCCCCGAAACCAAAGAACUUACCCUGGAGGAGCUCGAUCAAGUAUUCUCCGUUCCAACCCGCAAACAUGCUGCCUAUCAGCUGCACAACGCGAUCUGGCAUUUCCGGGUCUGGGUCCUACGACAGAAACUGGAGCCGAUGCCCAAGCUAUACGAGCGAACCGAGCAGGUAGUAGAAAGGGAGAAGCACUGACCUAAUGAAGAGCUCUGGUUUGAUAAUAGCAUUCUUUUUUUAUGGUUAUGUAGGUUCUUACAGACUGUCAUUAUGGUCGUCAUGGGUGAGAGUACCUUGCGAUCUCUGGAAUGUAUUCUGGUUGAAUGGUUUCUCGUCGAACCCUGUAAUGAGGGCUAUAUUUCCUCGUUGAAGGGAGAGCGUCGCAUUUAGUAUGUUAGCCUGUGGGUUGCGUCUAUUGUAA